AUGACAGCAUCAUUUAUUCAAGCACAGGAGGCAUCGAAUGUCGUUUUAGUUAUCCAUGGAGGAGCUGGAACGAUUUUGAAAGAGAAUAUGACUCCGGAAAAAGAGAAAGCAUAUCAGGAAAAGUUGCAGGAAGCGUUGCAGGCUGGGUAUGUGGUACUGAAAAAUAAUGGUACAAGUACCGAAGCAGUUAGAGCAGCAAUUAAUGUAAUGGAAGAUUCUCCACUGUUUAAUGCUGGAAAGGGUGCGGUGUACACGAACCAUGAGACACAAGAGAUGGAUGCCUCCAUUAUGGAAGGGAAAAAUAAAGAAGCUGGUGCUGUGGCUGGAGUUUCAACGGUGAAGAACCCAAUUGAUGCAGCGCUUGCAGUGAUGGAAAAAUCGGAGCAUGUGUUGUUAAUUGGUUCGGGCGCUGAGAAGUUUGCAAAGACAACAGGAGUUGAGAUGGUGAAUCCUGAUUAUUUCAAGAGUGAGCGACGAUUGAAGCAAUUGAAGAGAAUUCAGGAAAAGGAGAAAUCGGAGUUAGAUCAUGAUGGUGAUCGUGGAAGUGUUGAUGACAAAAAUGAUGGAAACGAUGAUUUUGUGCUGGACAAGAAAUACGGAACAGUGGGAGCUGUCGCACUAGAUCAGGAAGGAAAUAUUUCAGCUGGAACAUCGACGGGUGGAAUGACCAAUAAACGAUACAAUCGUGUUGGAGACUCACCGGUGAUAGGUGCCGGAACGUACGCCGAUAACGAAACGUGUGGUGUUUCGUGCACGGGACAUGGAGAAUAUUUUAUUCGAAAUGUAGUGGCGUAUGAUGUGUGUGCCUUAAUGAAUUACACGAAUAAAUCUGUAGCCGAAGCAACUCAAGAGGUGAUUAAAAAGCAAAGCCAAAUGGGUGGAAAAGGUGGUGUUAUCGCCCUUGACGCUGAAGGAAAUAUGUCGAUGCCGUUUAAUACAGCAGGCAUGUUUCGUGGAUAUAUCACGAAAGAUGGAGAAAUGCAUGUAUUUAUGUACGGGGAGAAAUAA